CUAGUCUCUCGGUCUCGUGGUUCCCUCCCAACAUUUUCCAUUACCCUUCUUUCCUCUGAGUUCAACAGCACUUUUUCUUUCUCGCAUAAUGGCUGUGGCUAUGGCUUUUGCUAAUUUUCUUCUUCACAGCAGGGCCAAAGUAGUCGUUAAUCAGCCCUUUUCUUUUUGUUUGGAUACCAACCAACUCCACAUUCUUUACAAGGAAAGAACAUGGAGGUUGUCACCUUAUGGGACCAAAAUCAUUCCACGAGCAUCACCGGCUACAACCAUGGAGGAUGAAGGUUACAAUGACAGUGACACCAUUCCAACUCCUAAAGUAAUAAUUGACCAAGAUUCUGAUCCUGAUGCAACUGUGGUUGAGAUAACCUUUGGUGAUCGUCUUGGAGCUCUUCUAGAUACUAUGAAUGCGCUUAAAAACCUUGGGCUAAAUGUUGUAAAGGCUAAUGUCUUUCUGGAUUCUUCUGGGAAGCACAACAAAUUUGCCAUCACCAAAGCUGAUACAGGUAGAAAAGUUGAAGAUCCAGAGCUCCUUGAGGCAAUUCGAUUGACAAUCAUAAACAAUCUGCUUCAAUAUCACCCUGAAUCAAGUUCCCAAUUAGCAUUGGGAGUUGCCUUUGGUGUAGAGCCACCAAAACAACAGGUUGAUUUGGAUAUAGCAACUCACGUACACGUCUAUGAUGACGGUCCUGACCGAAGCCUGCUUUAUGUGGAGACAGCUGAUCGCCCUGGACUGCUGGUGGAUCUUGUAAAGAUUAUCACUGACAUUAAUAUUGCAGUUGAAUCCGGAGAAUUUGACACUGAGGGUUUGUUGGCAAAGGCGAAGUUUCAUGUUAGCUACAAGGGAAAAGCUAUUAUCAAACCCCUUCAACUGGUUCUUGCCAAUAGUUUGAGGUACUUCUUGAGGAGGCCAACCACUGAGGAGGCAAGUUUUUGAGCCUUUCCAGAGAAUAACCAGAUUCUGAAGCAUAUGUUAUAAAUAUUGGAAAUUCCUAUAAUAUCAUUGUGUAUUAUAAUUAUUUAUUAUUAAUUCUUUUAAAGCAAAUAAUAUUGCUUAGAGGUAGCAAGUGGGUGGAGGAUCAAUUUUUAAAUAAGCAUAUAUUUAUUAUUUUUUUUGAACUCAAAAACUAA